GCCAAGUUCCCCUCGGUGGUGGAGUGGGAAAGACCCUAGCGGCUCACGGGGUUCGUAAGCCGGACCACUUUUGCGCUCCUUUCCAUCCCGGGGCGGACCCAGGCGGCCACCUCACUGGGAAUGUAGUUGGUGCGGGCGCAAAGCAGGACCGAGUGGCGGCCCGGGUUCCCGCUCUUGGGAGCGGAUGGUCACUCCCCCGAGGGGAGGGGAGCCGACCAGCCUUCCUUGGGUCGGGGACCCGGCGGGCUCGCGGCAGGGACUCACCUGUCGCACUCACACCCAUCCCUGUUGGAUUCGUCGGCGUCACCGCCGCGGACUUCGCUUUGGGACAUGACCAGAUACAGUUGGUGAUUCCACCUUUUCCUUAUAAAUUAAUUCUUGUCAGCUCCUUGGGAUUUGAAAAGAAAAUGCCUGGUGUAAUACCAAAUGAAAGUAAUGGGCUUUCAAGAGGUAGUCCAUCAAAGAAAAACAGACUUUCCUUGAAGUUUUUUCAGAAAAAGGAAACUAAGAGAGCUUUGGAUUUCACAGAUUCUCAAGAAAAUGAAGAAAAAGCUGCUGAAUAUAGAGGAUCUGAAAUAGAUCAAGUUGUUCCUGCAGCACAGUCCUCCCCCAUAAACUGCGAGAAGAGAGAGAACUUGCUACCAUUUGUGGGAUUGAAUAAUCUCGGCAAUACUUGUUAUCUUAAUAGUAUACUUCAGGUAUUAUAUUUCUGUCCUGGUUUUAAAUCUGGAGUGAAGAACUUAUUUAAUAUUAUUGCAAGGAAGAAAGAAGCCCUAAAGGAUGAAGCCAACCAAAAAUUAGAUAAGGGAAAUUGCAGAGAAGAUUCGUUGGCAAGUUAUGAACUGAUAUGCAGUUUACAGUCCUUAAUCAUUUCAGUUGAACAGCUUCAGGCUAGUUUUCUCUUAAAUCCAGAGAAAUAUACUGAUGAACUUGCUACUCAGCCAAGACGACUGCUUAACACACUCAGGGAACUCAACCCUAUGUAUGAAGGAUAUCUACAGCAUGAUGCACAGGAAGUAUUACAGUGUAUUUUGGGAAACAUUCAAGAAACAUGCCAACUCCUAAAAAAGGGAGAAGUGAAAAAUGUGGCAGAAUUAUCUAUUAAGGUAGAAGAAAACCCUCAUGAGAUAGAAGAAAUGAGUAUUAACAGCACAGAGAUUGACAAUACAAGACAUUUUGAAGAUUGUAAAGAAAAACUCCCAAAAGGAAAUGGGAAAAGAAAAAGUGACACUGAAUUUGGUAACAUGAAGAAAAAAGCUAAAGUAUCCAAGGAAUACCAGUCAUUGGAAGAGAACCAGAGGCAAACUAGAUCAAAAAGAAAAGCUGCAGGUGAUAUGUUAGAGAUUCCUUCUAAAAUAAUCCCCAAGAAUGCUUCUGAAAAUGAGAGUGCAAGGCCCUCACAAAAGAGAUCAAGAGUUAAAAUAAAUUGGUUAAAGUCUACAACUAAGCAACCCAGCAUUCUUUCUAAAUUUUGUAGUCUGGGAAAAAUAACAACAAACCAGGGAUCCAAAGGACAAUCUAAAGAAAAUGAAUAUGAUCUUGAAGAGGACUUGGGGAAGUGUGAAAAUGGUAACACUUUAAAGGUUAAUGGUUGUGGACUUGAAUCUUCAGGGAAUAAUGUUAAACCCAUUAAUGUUAAUGAAGUUAAGCCCAUAAACAGAGGUGUGGAGCAAGUUGGUUUUGAGCUAGUAGAGAAAUUAUUUCAAGGUCAGCUGGUAUUAAGAACUCGUUGCUUGGAAUGUGAAAGUUUAACAGAAAGAAGAGAAGAUUUUCAGGACAUCAGUGUACCAGUACAAGAAGAUGAGCUUUCCAAAGUAGAGGGGAGUUCUGAAAUUUCUCCAGAGCCAAAAACAGAAAUGAAGACACUGAGGUGGGCAAUUUCACAAUUUGCUUCAGUGGAGAGGAUCGUUGGAGAGGAUAAAUAUUUCUGUGAAAAUUGCCAUCAUUAUACCGAAGCCAAGCGAAGUCUGUUGUUUGACAAAAUGCCUGAAGUUAUAACCAUUCAUUUGAAGUGCUUUGCUGCUAGUGGCUUGGAGUUUGAUUGUUUUGGUGGUGGACUUUCCAAGAUCAACACUCCUUUAUUGACACCCCUUAAAUUGUCUCUAGAAGAAUGGAGCACAAAGCCAACCAAUGACAGCUAUGGAUUAUUUGCAGUUGUGAUGCAUAGUGGUAUUACAAUUAGUAGUGGCCAUUACACCGCUUCUGUUAAAGUCACUGAUCUUAACAGUUUAGAACUAGAUAAGGGAAAUUUUUUGGUUGACCAAAUGUGUGAAAUAGGUAAGCCUGAACCAUUAAAUGAGGAGGAAGCAUGGGGAGUGGUUGAAAAUUAUGAUGAUGAAGUGUCGAUUAGAGUCAGUGGAAAUACACAGCCAAGUAAAGUUUUGAACAAAAAAAAUGUAGAAGCUGUUGGACUUCUUGGAGGACAAAAGAGCAAAGCAGAUUAUGAGCUAUACAACAAAACAUCUAAUCCUGAUAAGGUUGCCAGUACAGCAUUUGCUGAAAAUAGAAAUUCUGAGACUAACAGUACUAAUGGGACCCAUGAAUCUGAUAGAAAUAAGGACUCCAUUAACCAAGCAGGCAUUAACAUAAGUGGAUUUGAGAACAAAAUUUCAUAUGUAGUGCAAAGCUUAAAGGAGUAUGAAGGGAAAUGGUUGCUUUUUGAUGAUUCUGAAGUGAAAGUUACUGAAGAGAAGGACUUUUUGAAUUCUCUUUCCCCUUCUACAUCUCCUACAUCUACUCCUUACUUGCUGUUUUAUAAGAAAUUGUAGAAUGAGUGUAUUUUCCUUGUGUAUAUAUUAAACAGACAUGGACAAACAUUGGUAAAUGUAAUUAUAGUAAAGAGUCUUUAGCUUAUCUUUGGAAGCUACUGGAAUUAUUGGUCUUUCUAGGUUUUUAUAUAAAUAGUGAAAUUUGAAUUACUGAAAACCAUGUUAAUUUUUAGAAUUCACUUUUCUUACUAGAGACUAGUGAUACAUUAGCUUCUGGGAA